AUGAGGACGCACGUUGCCUUGCUUCUCGCGGCGGCAGGUAGUGUCAGCCUGGGCUUCGUGCCCCAGGCCACGUUGGGUGCCCCCGUCCAGGUCCCGCUGGCCCCUGACAUGCCAGAGGAUGCGCCAGGAACUGGUGCUCCGGCUCCUUACGCUGAAGUUCCUCUGUCCACUGGAGACGGUAACGACGAAGCCGUCCCCGCGGAGGCACCCGUCGCGCAGGAUCAGCUGCCGCAGCCAGCGGUCCAGCAGGCUCCCGGUCGCCGUAUGCUGGGCUGGCUGAAUCCGUCUCGUUGGUGGUCGCCUUUCCGCAGAGGAGCGCGAAGCGCCGUCUCAGAACCUGAACAGGCUGUCGGCGGACCUGGCGUCGUUGGAGGAACGACCUCUCCAUCUGAAGAACAGGUGAUGGGUCAGCCGGAGGGGUUGCGAAACGAUGGAGCCGUUUGGUGCCGCAAGCUGCCCUACGGGACGCAAGCUUCCGGGAAAUUGUCCAACUCCUUCGAAACGCUGAUCAAGUACUUGAGGAAACCGGACUUUAAUCCCUGGGAUGCUGGUUUCCCGGGGCCGUCUGUGAGGUGUAGAUCGGAGGCCGCCGAUGUUCUCAAAUCCUGA